AUGCCCUGUCCCAGCUCCUGCCCCCCCGGGCUCUUAGCCCUGAUGGCACCUGGGCUGGCUCUCAUGGCCACCUUCUCGCUGCCCUCCCAGGCCGGGGACAGGAGAGCGCUGCCGGUGGAGAAAGCUCCAGGUGUGAAGGGAAGAACUCUCAUUCUCCUUGAUGUCAACACCAAGAGCCCUGUCAGGAUAAUCAGUGAGAAUUUCCUCUCCCUGCAGCUGGACCCCUCCAUCAUUCAUGAUGGCUGGCUCGAUUUCUUAAGCUGUGAUAGCUGCAGUGAGGAUAAACAAGACAUUGUUCGCAGCGACAUUGCCCUGGAUAAGCAGAAAGGCUGUAAGAUCGCCCAGCAUCCUGACAUAAUGUUGGAGCUACAGAGGGAAAAGGCAGCUCAGAUGCACUUGGUUUUGUUAAAGGAGCAGUUUUCAAACACAUACAGCAACCUCACAUUAACAGCCAGGUCUCUAGACAAACUCUAUAACUUUGCUGACUGCUCUGGCCUUCAUCUGAUCUUUGCACUGAAUGCUUUGCGCCGAAAUCCCAACAACUCCUGGAACAGCUCCAAUGCCCUCAGCCUGCUGAAGUACAGUGCCAGCAAGAAGUACAACAUCUCCUGGGAGCUGGGCAAUGAGCCCAAUAACUAUCGGACCCUGAUCGGCCGCUCAGUGAACGGCAGCCAGCUGGGGAAGGACUACAUCCAGCUGAGAAGCCUGCUGCAGCUUAUCCGCACUUAUUCCAGAGCAAACCUCUAUGGGCCAAACAUUGGGAGGCCCAGAAAGAAUGUCAUCGCUCUCCUGGAAGGGUUCAUGAAAGUGGCUGGCAGCACGGUGGAUGCCGUUACCUGGCAACAUUACUACAUUGAUGGCCGAGUGGCCAAAGUGACGGACUUCCUGAAAACGCGCCUGUUAGACACGCUCUCUGACCAGAUCAGGAAAAUCCAGAAAGUAGUGAACACGUACACGCCGGGGAAGAAGAUCUGGCUGGAAGGUGUUGGCGCAACCUCGGCCGGAGGCAUGAACAACCUCUCCGAUUCCUAUGCGGCCGGGUUCCUGUGGCUGAACACGCUGGGCUUGCUGGCCAGCCAGGGCAUCGACGUGGUGGUGCGGCACUCCUUCCUCGACCACGGCCACAACCACCUGGUGGACCAGAACUUCAACCCCUUGCCGGACUACUGGCUGUCCCUGCUCUACAAGCGCCUCAUCGGUCCCAAAGUCCUGGCGAUCCACGUGGCCGGUCUCCAGAGGAAACCCCGGCCUGGCAGAGUCAUUCGUGACAAGCUCCGCAUUUACGCCCACUGCACCAGCUACCACAACCACAACUACGUCCGGGGGUCCAUCACGCUUUACAUCAUCAACCUGCAUCGCUCCCGGAAGAAAAUCAAGCUGGCGGGGACGCUGCGGGAUAAGAUCGUCCACCAGUACCUGCUGCAGCCCUAUGGCAAGGACGGGCUCCACUCCAAGUCGGUCCAGCUCAACGGGCAGCCGCUGGCCAUGGUGGACGACGGGACCCUCCCUGAGCUAAAGCCUCGUCCACUGCGGGCCGGCCGCACCCUGGUCAUCCCCCCGCUGACCAUGAGCUUCUACGUGGUGAAGAACGUGAACGCGCUGGCCUGCCGGUACCGAUAG